UACUCUUGCAUACAAACCUCUCUCCUCCCCUGCAUUUGCCCUUCUCGUCUUCCCAAUCUACAUCGGUACUAUUCUCCUUCCUCUCUCCUUCCUCUCUCUCUCUCUCAAGCUCGUGUGUUUCUCUCGUCUCAGCUCUCCCUCUCCUUCUACUCGGAAGGAAUCGCUGCCUUUCUCCGAUUCUCUCAUCUCUUUGCUCGGCCUGGAGUCUCUUUGGCCGUUAGCUUCUUUUUCCUCCUGAAGUUCUUUCUACCUUGUAUGAGAUAAUAGUGAGGAACAAUGGGCAAGUACAUGAGGAAAGCGAAGCUCAACGGUGAGGUGGCGCUCAUGGAGGUCUCUGCUCAGUCCUCCAUAGGCGUACGAACAAGGGCUAGAACUCUCGCACUUCAGCGACUCGAGAAGUCAUCCUUCUCCCCUGCGGCCGACAAUUCCUCUUCUUCGUCCUCCUGCUACCUUCAGCUCCGUAGCCGCCGUUUGGAGAAGCCUGCUGUCGGGAUAAAGACUAAGGAUUCUCUCGAGCCCAAAAUUCUUGAUGCGGCGGAGGCCUCACCUGAGGCCGACGGAGGUUUGGAGGUUUCUUUCGGGGAGAAUGUCUUGGACCUCGAGGCUAGGGAUAGGGAAACAACUCCUUGCAGUUUGAUAAGGAAUUCUGAAACUUUAAGUACUCCUGGUUCCACCACCAGGCCCACUGUCACAGCUGUUCUUAACUGCAGAGUGCUCAAUACAACGCAUCAAAACAUCCCUAGCACACAUGAGAUGGAAGAGUUCUUUGCAGGGUCUGAACGCCUUCAACAGAGGACGUUUAUUGAGAAGUAUAACUUUGAUCCAGUGAAUGAUUGCCCUAUUCCUGGUCGGUAUGAAUGGGUUAAGCUUGACUCCUAGGAGUCGCCUAUCUAUCCUGACAUGAAAUUAUUGCGAGGUACCUCUCUCCAUUUGUUCUCUGCUCAGAUGAUUUCCAUGGCGGCCUUAUUUCAUGGAAAGCGAUGAUUAUGAUCUUUGUUGUUAUGUUGUAAAAAGAACAAUGGUUUUCCCAAGUAUAAAAUGCAAGAGCACAGUGGUGUGUGCAAUCAUGCGGAGCUAAAUGUUAACACCCCUAGCUAGUAGAACCAAAAAAAAAAAAAGGAAUGAUAAAUUCCAUUCUCAGCUGUAUCUUUAACGGAUCAUUUAGGAGAUCCAAUAGGGAUCAUUUGAUCAAUUUUCUUAGUCAACACUCUCAUGCUUCUGUAACAUACUGCUGUUGCACUCAAGUUCUUGGGAAAUAAACAUUUUUCUUUCAUGAGAUCA